AUGGGCCAAGAUCACUGCGACCACGAUCCUAUGCAGACUUCUUUCACAACUGACGUAUGCUCGCACUUAGCUGCUUAUGAAGACCAUCGGGCAGCCGCCACACAGCCCUCUCAAGACAAUGAUGCCGACAUUGACGCCGGACUAGGAUAUAAUCUCAUGUAUUUGCUAUACUGGGCACUAUCGAGAGACCAACUGAGAGCGACUGAGGGACUUUCUGAGGGCCUGGAGAUUGACAUAGAUUGUUGUGAUCGCUUCGGAUAUGCUCCUCUUACGCUGGCAGCUUACAGGGGCUCUUGCCAUGUUGCUAGGAAUCUGCUUGCGUCCGAAGCAGAGUUCAAUGCGCAAGACACCAACGGGUUGACCGCGCUUCAUAUAGCGGCUUGCGAAGGAGAUAUGCUGGUUGUGGAGCUGCUCCUGCAACAUCCUGAGGUUGAUGUCAACGCGCAAGACACUGACGGGUUGACUGCGCUUCAUAUAGCGGCAGGCGAAGGGCAUAUGCCGGUUGUGGAGCUGCUCCUGCAACAUCCUGAGAUGGACGUCAAUGUGCGAGACACUCGAGGACGUACGCCACUGUGGUGGGUGGUUGUGCACCAACCCGAAGUUGCAAGCCGGCUGCUUGACGAUACCAGGAUCGCUGUGAAUAUCAUGGAUGGACAGGGUUCAUCAUACCUCCACCUUGCGGUGCAGACCAGCAAUAAUUCGCUUGUCAAUAAGUUAUUGGCGAGGUACGACAUAGAUCCGAAUUUAGAAGAUGAAAGCGGUCGGACUGCUCUCUCAUAUGCAAAAGAAAAUGGAGAUAUCUCGAUAUGGUGCUGCCUCCUGGGCGACCCUCGGCUGAACACUAAUAACAACUGCGACCAUGUUCCUUCCCGUCUGAUACAAUGCCAGCGUCACAGAAUCAACGCGCCUGGCAGAAAAAAGAAAAAGAUCCUUGGACUGCUGGUGACGCCGUACUUGUUCAUUGUUAUCCGCCGUCUUUGCUCUAGAUUUUGUAUCUUGGAAUAA